AUGGAGACCACAAGCCACCGGCCAUGGGAGACAAAUCCUCCUCAUUCUCUCCCCCAAACCACCCAGACAUUACCUUCGAUAGCUUCUUUGACUUCAAAGCUCCCCGUACAAUCCAUCGAAAGGCCUUCGCCAGACCUUUCAAUCCUGCCACAUCAGAGAGACUCGGGUAGUUGGAUGACACCUGGAACACGCUCUUCUGUUAACUCUGCGAACUCGAUGCCUUACCUGAAUUCGGCUCAUUCGCCUACCGGACCUUCGCCAUAUACACCAGAGACCACCACUGCCCCUUCCGCACCGUUCAAUUCAACUUUGCCACACCAAACAAACGGACUUCCCACCCCUUCAUCUGACUUAAAUCAGCACCGUGGCAGUGGGGACUAUGAUGAAUCCAGGCGAGGCAGUGUCACGAAUAGCAUUCAUCAUGGUAUGAACAAUUUAGGAUUAGGCCCAACUUCACCCUACACUAGCACCAAUGCUUCGCAGACUUCGCUGGUUUCUGGUCUUCAGAGGGAACGAGGGAUCCAACAAAACGGUUACAAUAGUAGCCGCUAUUCCACAAUGAACAAUCCAGCUGCUCCUUAUGCGUCAAGCCGCGGCGGACGAAGUGGGUUUGUCGGAGGACGUGUCGCGCCUCCCAUCUUGGAAAACCCAAAGCAGGAAGUGUACAGUGCAGAAGCCCCGACUAGGGGUCAGGCAUAUGCUUUUCCUGACCCCGAGGCCGCUCCUAGGCAACAAGGACGGACGCCUUCCACGUUUUCGCGCAGAAACAGCUUCGCGGAAUCCUUUACUAGCAGCAUUCUCACCGUAGAGUCGUCUCGACUGCCCCUAGGACAGCAUGAACUCCCAGAAGCUCACCACCAUUCUCUCCAGCACAAACAAGUCGAUAGCCUACGGGGGGAUCCUGAUUCUCCCAACGGAAACACACCAUACAGCCGGACUCCGGAGCUUCGGAUUACACAUAAGCUGGCGGAGCGAAAGCGAAGAAGUGAAAUGAAAGAUUGCUUCGAGCAACUAAGGGCUCGUUUACCUACCAGCCAGAACAAUAAAUCAAGCAAGUGGGAAACACUAUCACGUGCUAUUGAUUACAUUACUCAACUAGAAAACCAGAACAAACAGGUGCGGGUUGAUUAUGAGACACAAAGACUGAAGCUCGCAGAGCUGGAAGCGAAGAUGCACGAAAUGAGCCAGCAACUGCGCGGCAUCCAGCAGCCGCAGAGUUCAUUUCCUCCUCCACCGAACGUCAUGCCACAAAGUCCCCUCGGUUACGGAUCACAUUUCAACAGCCAUGAUGGCUCCGGCGAGCCCAACCGGACAUUGCCGCCAAUUAUGACUACAAAUUCUAUGCAAGGUAUACAAUAUUCUGAAGAACGACGAUAA